AUGUUAUCAUUUGUUGAGAUAUUUAGCUUCCUUAUCUGUCUGGACUUUGUUCCUGAAACAGGGAAUAUGAUCAAGUUUAGAUCAGGCAGUUUGACACGCCUCAAAUCGAACAUGCCACUCAAAAUGCUCAUUACUAACACAAAAGUUGGGAGGAACACAAAGGCCUUAGUUGCUGGUGUUACAGAGAGGACAUUAAGGCAUCCAGAUGCUAUGGCUUCUGUGUUUAAUGCAGUUGAUUCUAUCAGCGCGGAAUUGGCUACCAUCAUCCAAUUAGAGGCCCCUGAUGAAAUCUCUGUAACCGAGAAGGAUGCGAAAAUAGAAGAGCUGAUGGAAAUGAACCAAGGUUUGCUCCAAUGCAUGGGGGUCAGCCAUGCUUCAAUCGAAACCAUUCUUCGAACUACACUCAAAUACAAGUUGGCUUUCAAGUUGCCAGGAGCUCGUGGUGGAGGUUCUGUUCUCACACUAUUGCCAACCUUGCUAUCAGCAACAGUUGUUGAUAAAGUAACUGCAGAACUGGAGUCGUGUGGAUUCCAUUGCUUAACAGCGGCCAUUGGUGGACAAAGGUGUUCAAGUUUGCUUUGGUGGUUCAUCCUGAGGUGA